UGCCAGCUGAGCUGGCCGUUGCUCUGAGGGACUCUGCAGUUCAGGUGAGCAGGGCCGUUUGUGCCCCUGGUGACGCCAAGAAUCCAGCUGCUUAGACUAGAACCAUGUCUGCUCAGGAUGAAGGGAGCCGGGAUCCCCCCAAAACCAAGGGCAAGACCCUGGGCAGGUUUUUGGGGUCUCUGCCUGGCUUCAGUUCUGCCCGGAACCUAGUGGCCAACGCUCACAGCUCAGCGAGAGAAAACCGGCUAGCUGCCAGCCCUGCAGGGGCUCCCACCCCUGAGGCUGCCCAGGCCCCUGUCCCCGCAGAGGCCACCGAUCCGGAGCAGACAGCCAGGGGAAUGGAAAAGCCGCUGCAACCUUCGGAAAAGAUGGGGUCGGGGGCCAAAGACCUGCCAUACCCUAAGAUGUCUAGGACCAAGGACGCCAUCUCCUCCGGGGUGACCAAUGUUGUGGAUGUGACUAAGGGAGUGGUCCAGGAAGGCCUGGGCACCACCCAAUCUGCACUCACGGGCACCAAGGAGGUGGUGUCCAGUGGGGUCACCGCGGCAGUGGGUGUGGCCAAAGGGGUAGUCCAAGGGGGUCUGGACACCUCCAAGGAUGUCAUCACCAGCACCAAGGAUGCACUGUCUACUGGGCUCACGGGGGCAGUGAACUUGGCCAAAGGAACUGUCCAGACCGGCGUGGACACCACCAAGACCAUCCUAACUGGUACCAAGGACACCGUCUGUGGUGGGGUGACGGGUGCCAUGAACACGGCCAAAGGGGCUGUCAAGGGGGGACUAGACACCACCAAGUCUGUGAUCAUGGGCACCAAAGACACACUGUCCACUGGGCUCACUGGGGCAGUGAACGUGGCCAAAGGAACAAUCCAGACUGGCGUGGACACCACCAAAACUGUCCUAACUGGUACCAAGGACACAGUGUCCACUGGGGUGACCAGUGCCAUGAAUGUGGCCAAAGGAGCUGUCCAGACCGGCAUGGACACUACCAAGACUGUACUAACUGGUACCAAGGCCACUGUGUGUGGUGGGGUGACCGGAGCCAUGAACGUGACCAAAGGGGUGAUCAAGGGGGGACUGGACACCACCAAGUCUGUGGUCAUGGGCACCAAAGACACACUGUCCACUGGGCUCACUGGGGCAGUGAACGCAGCCAAAGGAUCUGUACAAACCGGUGUGGACACCACCAAGACUGUGCUGACCGGCACUAAAGAUGCAGUGUCCACUGGGGUCACAGGUACAGUGAACUUGGCCAAAGGAACCAUCCAGACUGGCUUAGACACCACCAAGACUGUGCUGACUGGCACCAAAGAUGCAGUGUCCACUGGGGUCACAGGUACAGUGAACUUGGCCAAAGGAACCAUCCAGACUGGCUUAGACACCACCAAGACUGUGCUGACUGGCACCAAAGAUGCAGUGUCCACUGGGGUCACAGGUACAGUGAACUUGGCCAAAGGAACCAUCCAGACUGGCUUAGACACCACCAAGACUGUGCUGACUGGCACCAAAGAUGCAGUGUCCACUGGGGUCACAGGUACAGUGAACUUGGCCAAAGGAACCAUCCAGACUGGCUUAGACACCACCAAGACUGUGCUGACAGGCACCAAAGAUGCAGUGUACACUGGAGUGACCGGUGCAAUGAAUGUGGCCAAAGGGGCUGUCCAGACUGGUGUGGGCACCACCAAGACUGUACUAACUGGUACCAAGGACACCGUGUGUGGUGGGGUGACUGGUGCCAUGAACGUGGCCAAAGGGGCCGUGCAGGGGGGCCUGGACACCACAAAGUCUGUGGUCAUGGGCAGCAAAGACACACUGUCCACUGGGAUCACUGGGGCAGUGAACUUGGCCAAAGGAACAAUCCAGACUGGUGUGGACACCACCAAAACCGUCCUAACUGGUACCAAGGACACUGUCUAUGGUGGAGUGACCAGUGCUGUGAAUGUAGCCAAAGGGGCCGUUCAGACCAGUGUGGACAACUCCAAGACCGUGCUGACCGGCACCAAAGACGCAGUGUCCACUGGGGUGACUGGAGCAGUGAAUUUGGCCAAAGGAAGUGUCCAGACUGGUUUAGACACCACCAAGACCGUGUUGACUGGCACCAAGAACACCAUCUAUACUGGGGUGACCAGUGCUGUAAAUGUGGCCAAAGGGGCCGUCCAGGGGGGCCUGGACACCACGAAGUGUGUUGUCACUGGCACAAAAGACACUGUGUCCACUGGGCUCAUGGGGGCACUAAACGUGGCCAAAGGAACUGUCCAGACUGGCUUGGACACCACGAAGGCCGUGCUGACUGGCACUAAAGACGCAGUGUCCACUGGGGUGACUGGAGCAGUGAAUUUGGCCAAAGGAAGUGUCCAGACUGGUUUAGACACCACCAAGACCGUGUUGACUGGUACCAAGGAUACCGUCUGUACUGGGGUGACUGGUGCCAUAAACGUGGCCAAAGGGGCUGUCCAGGGGGGUCUGGACACCACAAAAUCUGUUGUCACUGGCACAAAAGACACUGUGUCCACUGGGCUAAUGGGGGCACUAAAUGUGGCCAAAGGAACCGUCCAGACAGGCUUAGACACCAGCAAGACUGUACUGACUGGCACCAAGAACACCAUGUGUGGUGGGGCGACCAGUGCCAUGAAUGUGGCCAAAGGAGCCGUCCAGACGGGUAUGAACACCACCAAGACAGUACUAACUAGCACUAAAGACACAGUGUCCACUGGGCUCACUGGGGUAGUGAACUUGGCCAAAGGAACUGGCCAGACCAGCAUGGACACCACCAAGACAGUCCUAACUGGUACCAAGGACAUCGUCUCUGGUGGAGUGACUGGUGCUGUGAAUGUGGCCAAAGGGGCCAUCCAGACCAGUAUGGACACCACCAAGACUGUGCUGACCGGCACCAAAGACAUGAUGUCUACUGGGCUCACUGGAGCAGCGAAUGUGGCCAAAGGGACCAUCCAGGGGAGCCUGGACACCACAAAGUCUGUUGUCACUGGCACAAAAGACAACGUGUCCACUGGGCUCAUGGGGGCACUAAAUGUGGCCAAAGAAACGGUCCAGACUGGCUUGGACACCACCAAAACCAUGCUGACUGGCACCAAAGAUGCAGUGUCCAGUGGGCUCACUGGGACAGUGAACUUGGCCAAAGGAACUGUCCAGACUGGGUUGGACACAACCAAGACCGUGCUGACCGGCACCAAGAACACCAUCUGUGGUGGGGUGACUGGUGCUGUGAAUGUGGCCAAAGGGGCUGCCCAGGGGGGCCUGGACACCACAAAGGCUGUGGUCAUAGGCACAAAAGACACACUGUCCACUGGCCUCACAGGGGCAGUGAAUGUGGCCAGAGGAGCCGUGGAAACUGGACAAAAUGAGACCCAGGCUGUCCUGACCAGCACCAAAGACACAGUGUCCACUGGGCUCUCUGGAGCAAGAAGUGUGGCCACAGGGGCUGUCCACACUGGUCUUGACACCAUCCGGAAUUGGCUACCUGGUACCCAGGACACCCUCUGGGAUGGAUCCACCAGUUACAGGGCCUGGGACAAAAGAGAUCACACUGCCCUGAGCCACCCAGACACACUCUGUGCAGGCCUAGAGCUCACCAGGGAAGCCACAGCCGCCACCAAGAGCCUUAAAUCUGACGUGGCCACAUUCACCCCAGGCUGGGAGGAUACGGGGCACCCAGCUGCCACACGUGGCCAUGAAGGGGCUACAGGCUUUGCGACACUACGAGAUGAGUUGGAGGGGCUGGGGGAGAUCUUCUGCCCCAUGAAUGCUGAGGAGCAAGCUCAGCUGGCUGCUGCCCAGCCCGGGCCAAAGGUGCUCUCAGCUGACCAAGGGAGCUUCUUUGUCCGUUUGGGUGACCUGGCCCCUGGCCUCCGCCAGCGGGCUUUUGAACAUGCUGUGAGCCACCUGCAGCACCACCAGUUCCAAGCCAGGGAUGCUCUGGCCCAGCUCCAGGAUGCCUUCCAGAUGAUCGAAAAGGCCAAGCAGACUCCAGAAGGGCAGCCAGGUCUGGACUGGGGCUCAUGCACCAGAGUGGAGGACACUGGGUCCCAGGAGGUACAGGACUCUGGGGCACUGUCCAGGGUCUGCGGUCUCAUCCAGCAGCUCCACACGGCCUACAGCAGCCUGGCGUCCAGCAUGCAGGGCCUGCCCACCGAGCUCCAGCGGCAGGUCGGGCGGGCGCGGCACAGCCUCUGCGAACUCUAUGGCAUCAUCUCCUCGGCCGGGUGCAUUGGGGAGCUUCCAGCCGAACAGCUGGACCAGAGCCGCCAAGGUGUGAACCAGGCGUGGUGGGCACUAGAGCAGCUGCUGGAAAGCAUGCAGCAUAGCCCCCCACUUGGCUGGCUGGUGGGGCCCUUUGCCCUGCCCCCAGGUGGGCAGCAACUGUAGGUCUCCCUGCCCUGCCCGAGCAGCCCUCCUCUGACCAUUGUCCCUGGCCCCAAGUCCUGCUGCAGCUUCCCAAAGAUCUGGAUCCUAUGGCUACAGAGGAUGCGACUUUCUAAGCUCAGCCUUGCCACGCACCCAGCUCUGGGCCUGCCUGCGCCUCCUGCCAUUCCCCCAGCACUGCCAGCAUCUCUGCUGCCCAGCACCCUAAUUCAGAAGGAGCAGCAGGAAUGUGCCUGAGCCUAGAAGGUCCUCCACUCAUCCCCCCCAAGGAACCCUUUUAUCUCUAGGGGCCUCUUCCGGCCCCCGUCUGCUCUGGCAGCCAGCAGCUGAACAGGCCGUGCUGCUGCACCCUGGGCUAAAGGUGGCUUUGUCCAUGGUGAUGUACACUUGGAGACCGGAGCCUAGGAGGGCAGCCAUGGAAGUCGCUCCAGUCCCAGCCACCCUCUCCCUGGAUCCCUAGGGCAGCCCAGAGAGGUGACUGCAGACAAACAAGCUGGGGCCACAGAGGUGAACAGGCGGCUGGUAACAUGAGAAAUCAAUGGGCAGCGGGUACACGUCCCCCGAUGCCUGGCACCCCAGCCUCUCCUGCUGCCCCAGCACACUGGGACACGGGAAGCUUAUCAAAGCUGGCUCUGUCCAGCCUAUCUCCAGACACCACCCACCCAUGUCACUGUGGACAAACCCCAACCCUGCGGUCUCCCUGAAGCACCCUCUUCUCAGCAAAUGACCUGGAGCUCCAAGCUCCUGGGAGAUGCAUGACAGAGGGGCCAGCACGCCACAAAUGGGUCACCUGGGUGCCAGGAGCUUUGAGAGCCAGGGUGCGCAUCAGCUCAGCUGAGCUGGGGAUGCUGGCAACUCAGGUGCAGCCUCAAGUGAGGGGCUGUGUUGAGGAACAAGCCAUCAGAGGGUGGGACACUAGACAUACAGCCAUUUGCAGAAAGCAGGCACGGAACUGAGCUCAAGUCCAUCCAAACCAAACAUGGGGCCGAGGCUCAGGAAGUCCCUUCUCACCAUUCCAAGGCCUAAUUCUUAGCUGGGAUGGAGGAAACUCGGCCAUUGGGGGAUGGGGACAAACACUAGAGGCCACUGUUGAAUGAGCAAUGACAAGUGUCAGGCGCCUCCCUAGAAGCUAUGGCCAUGUCCCUUGUUUGAAUCCACACAACAGUCCUGUGAGGCUGGGGGCAAACCCCUUACACAGAUGAGGAAAGAAAAGCCCAGAGUGGGAUGGCCACUUGCCCAAGAUCACACAGUGAGCCGGCAAUGCAGCUGGGAAAAGAGUGGAGAACUGCCGCCAAUGCGCAUGCCCUCUGAACGUCAAGUACAAUGGACAACCUGCACCACUGAGUGCCCUGAGCUAGCACCGGGGACUCCAGGUCUUGCCUGGGGGCCACGGAGCCACCUAGGGGCUGGGUGGUGAGGGAGGCAGCAGCUUUCAGGCAAGGCACAGUAGCCACCCUCCUGGCCCAACCUUAGGGGCCAGCAGGGACUCACGGGACCCCUGCCCACUGCAGUGUCUGUUCCCGCUCGCUCUACCUGGGCACUGGUAGAGCAGGAAGAGCCAAAUCACAGCCUCCGUUUGAGCUGUACAGGUUAGAGAUGUUUAUUUCUCCUUCCUUCCUUCUGGAAAGGACUUGCCCCCACCCCAUUCUCCUUCACCACCAGCCCUGUGGGGUUGGGGUGGGAGCGCCGGGAGAACAAAAUUCACAUUUGCUGCUUAUGGUACCCUGAUGGCUCAACCUUGUCCCCAAACAGGCCCUUUGAUGACUGUGCACAGCUCCCCAGCUCCGGCCCCGACUGUACCAGUAAUGCUAAAAAACCAAACCAAUAAAACUGACUUCUUUUUUCAUUAAAAAA